GUAAGCGUGCUUAGGUUAUAAAUCUUGAUCAAAGUAGAUUGCAACCAAAUUAACAGACUUGUUAAUCAAAAUAGUUGUGCUAAAUUCUAUUUGAACUCGAAGGCUGUGUAGUGAAGAAAAAGUCAAAACCAUGUUCCUGGACGACUUUGGAAAUCCCAAGGAGGUGACACCCGAAACCAUGAGCACUUACACCUACGAUCUGCAUGGCACUAAGCUGCUGACAUCGGCGGACACCGAGAUUUACCUGCCGCCGAUGUGGCAUGGCACGAUCUACAGCACUGAAAAGCUGCUGGACACCUACAAGAGGCGGUUCAAUCCGGAUCCGACUCUGCUGACCUUCCACGCCAUGCAGCCCUACGAGCCCGAGUUCAUCUGCGUCCAGCGGGCUGUGAUUGAGCUGACGCUCCUUCCGGCUGGUCAGAGCCUCUACAGCGACAAGGACAUCGUGGUGUUCCUGAUCAAGCAGCCCGCCGAGAUGAGAAACUCUCUGGCCACAAAGGAACUGAGCACGCUGCUGGACUUCUUUCCGCACAACCACCACUACCACUCCAUAAUCAUGGAAGAGGGCAUCGAUGUAGUCUACGUGGACGACAAGAUCUACAACAAUAUUUCGCCCACCAGCCACCAGUUCCACCGCCUGUUCAAUUUGCUUGGAAACAUCCAGCCGGGCGAGGUGCGGAGCCUCUCGGGCACUCCUUUGCCCGCUGUGCUGCGCAAUGCCUGCAGGAGGACAGCCCACAAGACCAAGUAGUCGCACUGAAACUCUACCUCUUCCCAGGGAACUGUGUGCCUCCAAAACAUUGUCAUAGUCCGGUUUAAUAAACUUGGUGACUGCAGAAGAUUC